AUGGCAAAUCUACCGGCUCACGCCUCGCCCCAACUCGCCCCGCAUUCCCCUACCUCAACCGAUGGACCUGAUGGCCUGCCAGACGAUGUGAGCCAGGGGAGUGGCAUCGUAACGGGCGAACAGACUCCGGCUCUACCAAACUCGAUUUUGUCGCCCGCAUUCACCCCGCCCGCAACUCCUGGCGGCACACUGAACUUGACUUCCAAUCCGACACAGAUCCUCCACAGGAGCCAAGCAACGAGUAUCCGGCACCAGGGGGAACAUACGAAAGCACCGAGAUUGCUAGAGCAGCUGCCAGAUGUGGAAUGUAUUGUCCGGGCCCGGAUUCCGACUACCAACGGUGCGGAGAUGUUCCUGCAUCUCUACCACAACGAUAUGGAUAAUAAGGAGCACUUGGCUAUCGUCUUUGGGUGCACUAUUCGCAGCCGGAGCCUGGAUCGUGUCCGACCAGGUGAAACUGAGAUGGACCGCAUGAUCCGAGGUGCAUAUGUGGGGAAAUUGCAUCCUGGAAGGACCAGCAGCUGGAUUGAUGAUGAUAAGAACACAGAAUCAUCGUCCAGUCCCCGUGUGGAACCCCCGCUGGUUCGGAUCCAUUCAGAGUGUUAUACAGGCGAAACGGCAUGGUCGGCUCGAUGCGACUGUGGUGAGCAGUUGGAUGAAGCCGCGCGCUUGAUGUCCUUCCCGGUCGAGGAUCUUUCGUCCGAUGCCCCGCCCGAGACACAGUCCUUGCGGUCACGUUCCGCUGGAGGUGUGAUUAUUUAUUUACGACAGGAGGGCCGAGGCAUUGGCCUGGGAGAGAAGCUGAAGGCAUACAACCUUCAAGAUCUCGGGUCUGACACUGUCGAGGCAAACCUCUUGCUACGCCACCCGGCAGAUGCUCGGAGCUACGGGUUGGCUACGGCGAUGCUGAUGGAUCUUGGCUGCGGUGCCGAUGUGUACCCAGAGGGCGUUCGCUUGCUCACGAACAACCCCGAUAAAGUACGGGCAAUUGAAGGGCCAAACCGUGAAGUGCUGGUGAAAGAGCGCGUUCCCAUGAUCCCCCUGGCCUGGCGGACAGGCGGGGAACGCGGGAUCAAGAGCUCCGAGAUUGAAGGCUAUUUGAGGACGAAGGUUAGUUUUUCGCCGAAGAAUUCCCCUCCACGAGGCUUAGCCGCCCAAUUGGGCAAAUGGUCCAUUGCUGAUCAGUAA